AUGGUUUAUGAAAGAAGGACGAAGUGGAGCAGCAAUUGCAGAGGUCCAGAGGUGAAUGGAAGCACUGGCAGGUCGCUUCUGUUUCUCCGAGAAAAGGAUGGUCGCUUUGUCAUUGUUGAGCGAUGGAACGACCGGUCGCUGAACCUGUGCCGCCUCCUCGCCGCCCGCGACGGCGUUGCCAUCGUCGUCACCGAGGAGUGGCUCGGCCUGCUCGGCGCCCCGAAGCUGGGGCCCCGCGUCCGCUUCGAGGCCAUCCCCAACGUGAUCCCCUCGGAGCACGGCCGCGCCAACGACGUGCUCGGCUUCUUGGAGGCCGUGUACACGAGGAUGGCGGCGCCGUUCGAGCGCCUGCUCGACCGGCUCGCCGCCGCCCCGCAGGCCAUCUUGGCCGAUGUGUUCGUGCCGUGGUCCGUGGCCGUCGGCGCGCGGAGGGGCGUGCCGGUCUGCGUCAUGUGCCCGCUCAGCGCCACCAUGUUCGCCGUGCACUACAGCUUCCACCGGUUGCCACCCGCGGCGGCCGGCGGCGGCGCGUCGCCGGACGGCACCGAUCCAUGCUUGAUCGAGGACUACAUCCCUGGCACGAAGUCUGUCAGGUUCACUGACCUUGCGCCCACAUACACCAAUGCUGUGAUGCAAGACAAAAUCCUCCAAGCCUACUCCUCGGUAAGGAAAGCACAGUGCGUCAUCUUAACAUCGUUCCAGGAGCUCGAGAGCGACGCCAUUGGCGCUCUGAAGCAGGAGCUUCCUUGCCCUGUGUACGCGGCUGGCCCCUGCAUCCCCUUCAUGGCACUGCAAGAGCGCAGGGCCGAUCCGGACGGCGACGGCGGCUGCAUGGCGUGGCUGGACGCGCAGCCCGCGGGCUCCGUGCUCUAUGUCUCGCUCGGCAGCUGGUUAGUCCGCCGAGAUCCUAAAUACGAUACGACCCUCGUGUUUUGA